UGCCAAAUUCUGAAGACGGCUUCAAAACGGAAUAUUUGUGAUGGAAUUCGAAAGAUGAUAUAUUCUUUAAAAUGGCGCAGUCUGGUAAUGUGGAUCCUGGAAUAACCAACGCUACAUCAACACGGAGUAUCACAACCACAGCCCCACCCCCACAGGGACAAGAUUUCACCCAGCCAAUUGGUAUCUACGGAUGGAGGAAACGAUGUCUCUAUGCUUUUAUUUUAUUUCUCAUGAUCGUGGUUAUCAUGAAUCUAGCUUUAACAAUCUGGAUUCUACGAGUCUUUGACUUCUCCGUCGAGGGGAUAGGCAGAUUGAGAAUGACCCAGAAAGGAAUCAGGAUGGAUGGUGAAGCAGAGUUUUUAAAAUCUAUCUAUACCCAGGAAAUAAGAUCCAGAACGGGAGAACCUCUGUAUGUAGACUCCAGUAAGGAAGUCAGAAUUCAGUCUAGAAAUAAAGCUAAUAAAGUCACUAGUAGUUUACAUUUAGAUGAUGAGAAAUUUGAAGCUAAAUGUGAAAUAUUUGAAGUAAAAGAUAAAUCUGGUAAAACUAAAUUUCUGGUCAACAAGGAUGAGGUCAUUGUGGGUACAGACGAGAUCAAAUAUGAUGGAGAAGUCAUGUUUGAUGGUUCGAUAGAAACACCGUCAUUACGAGGACCAAUAAGUAAACCACUACAAAUUGAAUCACCUUCCAGUGAGGUUAAAAUAACCGGGUCAGCAGGAGUGUCGAUACAGGCCCCAGCCGGUGAUGUCGAGCUCAAAAGUUUAGAUAACGUUCGUUUACAAUCGUAUAAUGGUGAUAUUUUUAUAGACUCAAAAGAUAUUUAUAUAAAGAAUCUAAAAAUCAGUGAUUCUAGUUCUAAGAAUAUUGAUAAUAGUGAAAUCUAUCAAGUUUGUUUGUGUCAAAAUGGACGAGUUUUUCUCGCGGAAGCAGACUCGGUUUGUGUUGCUAGUGACGACAUCUGUAAUUCGUGAAAAUAUUUUGGUGUAAACUGGAUACAAAAUAUAAAAUAUUGAGGGGAAAAUGAGAAGUCAUAUUAUUUUGUUCAAUAAUGUAUUCUUGUUGUUUGAUACGCGUCACAAAGAAGAAUCAAGGAUAAAAGUGCAUUGGAAAAAUGUUAAACAAUUUUGUUGUAACUUUUUGGGG